CGCACGUCCGCACUCCCCCCAUCACGGCAAGGAAAACCUUGGGCGGCAGCCUGCCUUGCCUGCUUCAGGCGCCUGGCCCCCCCGAUCGUGCUACCAAAUUUCGUACCACCGUUAUAGUUAGGAGGGGUCCCCGCUCUUCUCAAGAUCCCGAAGCCUGCUCGAGUGCUCGCUAAUUUAAUUCCCCCUCCAACCUUGAACCUUCAACCCCAUUCACCUCGAACAUUUGAGGAUAGACGCUCCCGUUCCUCAUACCCACGCAACUGAACUAAAGAUAUCCUCAUCCGAGACUAGAUACGCUCACGUCGCUAAUCCUCUCUCGACCGAACAAACGCCGCCAUGGCCGACUCCCUUACCGAAGAGCAGGUCUCCGAGUUCAAGGAGGCGUUCUCUCUCUUUGACAAGGAUGGCGAUGGACAAAUCACCACCAAGGAGCUGGGUACCGUUAUGCGCUCGCUAGGCCAGAAUCCUUCCGAGUCGGAGCUGCAGGACAUGAUCAACGAGGUCGACGCUGACAACAAUGGCACCAUCGACUUCCCUGAGUUCCUUACCAUGAUGGCGAGAAAAAUGAAGGACACCGACUCUGAGGAAGAGAUCCGCGAGGCAUUCAAGGUCUUUGAUCGUGACAACAACGGCUUCAUCUCCGCCGCCGAGUUACGCCAUGUCAUGACCUCUAUCGGCGAGAAGCUCACUGACGAUGAGGUUGACGAGAUGAUCCGCGAGGCUGACCAGGAUGGUGAUGGCCGCAUCGACUACAACGAGUUCGUCCAGCUCAUGAUGCAGAAAUAAACUAGAACCGCAGCCGGCUCUUCUCUUCUCCCCCACACCGCUCCCCUGCCCCCGCAAAACUGUGUGACGCCACUAUCAGACGACGACCGACCGACUGACCACGGUAACGCUUCGCGAGCUGCGGCUGCGGCGCUUCUGUGUCUUUUCCAUGGGGCGGGAUUGUUGGGCUCGUGGAUUGGCAACCUACCUAGGUAUUUGUUAACAAAAAAAUGAGAAAAAGUAAUGUCAUUCGGAGGGUCUCCCUUGAAUAUCAUGUCACGGGCUCGUAUCAUGGCCAAUUAUUUCUUUUAUUACUCGAAUUUAUUCUUCAUUCUGUCUCGACAACUGGCCACUAGUGCCGUGACCGAUUUGUUCGUGAGUCAGGGUCGUCUGAAAAUAAUCUGCACCCCCUGAGCGUUGUGACUCUUGAAGAGGCUUUUCCUCUUU